GUGGAAACUAUGUAAUAAGUGCAUCCUCCUGGCGGGAGGGACAAAAGCUAGUAAAAAAGAUACUGGGUCCAGCCCCCAGAAUAGAACAAGACAGAAGAGCUAUAUCUAGUGACAGAACAGGACGUGAGAGAGCUGCCAAGUCUGGCUGUAUUGGAAGGACAGGUUCAGAUUCUAGACUGGAUGUUAACCAUAAGACCUCUUUAAGAAGUUCUGAAAGGUCAAGGAGUAAAGUACGAUCUGAGAAUAACCUGAAGAAACUGGAAGCAGCUCUUCCAGGUGAUAACCAAGAAGAUCAUGGCUCUGUAAAUAAGGACUUCCUGCCUGUGGAGAUACGUGGAAUUCUCGAUGACUUGCAGUUGGAUUCCAUGAGUACAAAGCAAGAGAAAGAUGUGGAAAAGCAGAAUCAGAAAUCUGUUUUGCCUACUCAAAAUGCCAGGAGCCACAGUCCAACCAAAAGGAAACCGGACAAGAUAGCUGCCAGUGAGGAGCCUCAGGUGAUCUCGAAGAAACGUCACUAUGAUACAGAUGAGGUUCGUCAGUACAUCAUCAGGCAGCAAGAGGAGAGGAAGAAGAAGCAGAAUGAAGAGAAGAAAGCACAGAAGGAGGCAACAGAACAGAAGAACAAAAGGCUCCAGGAGCUCUACAGAAAGCAGAAGGAGGCUUUUACUAAAGUGAAGAACAUGCCUCCUCCUGAACCUUCAGCAGCCAAACGGUUACAGGAAACCUAUUCUAAACUAUUGCUGGUACAUACGUUUUUAGAAGAGCCACCUCAGCUGCCUCUGGUGCAGGAAACACAGCCCAGGCCUGGCUAUCAACCAUCUGGGGAAUCCGACAAAGAAAACAAGGCUCAAGAGCGUCCUCCUAGUGCAUCUUCAAGUAGUGACAUGUCGCUUUCAGAACCGCAGCAGCCGCUACUGAGGAGCGAUUUGAUGGAGCCUCCGUGGGUACAGCCAGACAGGCUGAGCCCAAGAGUCCAGCUCCCUCACCCGCAAGCUCUCAUGGGCCCAAGUGUAGGCCCUUGCUCGCAACAUUGGAGUCUGGAGCAGGUGGAUCUUUUGUCAAAGGAGUGUGAUGUGAUGUUGGCAGGCAGGAGGAGCCAUGCUGCACCCGUGGGAUCUCUGACCUUGGUGCCUCAGCCAUACCUGAAUUCACCUAGUGCACAGCAAAAUCUCUUAGUAAAACCUACUGCUAACCAAUAUAAGAGCAAAUUAGAUCGGAUUGAAGCUUUGAAAGCUACAGCUGCUUCCCUUUCUAGCAGGAUCGAAUGUGAAGCCAAAAAGUUGGCUGGGGCUGGUAUCAAUUAUGGUACUAUGUGGAGCUCAGACCAUGAAUUUAUGCAAGAAAAUCAGGAUGAUGGGCGAUGGGCAAAGGCUGUGAGUCCUCCUGUGAGAGAGGAAAAUGAAGACGCUUUUUCGGCCAGAAUUCAAAAGAUGUUAGGUACCUGUGUCUCUCAUACAGCCUUUGAUGACAGCCUUCCUGGGGUAGGCAACCUUAGUGAAUUUAAAAAGCUUCCAGAGGUGAUUAGGCCUCAUACUGCUGCAGUCAGCCUUGGAAUGAGGUCCCCUGCUGCUAACAGGCACGAGGGGAUACUAGGACAUUUAUCUAAGAGGCAGACUGACUCCCUGGGGCGUGAAAACCAGGCUUAUGCUCCGAACAAAGCUGUAGUUCCUCAUGAGUCCAGCAUUGACUCCAUCAGCGAAGGACCUCUCCUGAGUGACGGAAGCCUCGCUGAAGAGGAAGGAGGCCAGCACAAACAGUUGCCACUGAAGAUGCUGGAGAAGUUAAAAGAGAAGGAUUUCUGCAUUCGGGAAAGAAAUGCUUUUGAGCCCAUAAAGGAGUUUCAGAAAGAAGCUGAGAAGUAUUUGCCACUUUUCACUCAGACAAGUGGCGCACACAGCAAGGGGCCAUGGGAGGAACUGGCGAAGGGGAGUCCCCACAGUGUCAUCAACAUCUUUGCAAAAAGUUAUCAGCUUCAUGAAAAAGUGUUUGAUGAAAGGUCGAAUGGAGGGUCUCCCCUUCUGCGCCCUUUGCUCCCUGCCAUGAGCCCUCCAGAGAGCAUGGUUUCUUAUGAAGAUGAUUUUGCCUCGUCGCAGGGAAGUGGCACUUUAACAGACAAAAAGAUUGCACGUGACCUCAGUGUUGCUGGCAGCAGUAAUUCUAGCAUUCAGGAAGAGUUUCCUAGUAGAAAGUCUCCCCAUGAACCUCGAUCUGUAGAGCUUGCUUCUCAGCAUUCAUCUGGACCACGGUCUGCAGCAUCUUCUCACUCAUCUGCUUCCUCUAAAAAGAGAGGGAAAAAGGAACGGUUGGACUCUUUCGAUGGAAAUUCACACCACUUUCCUGUGGAAGAAGAUAAAAUGCUAUCUGAAUUGGAGUGGGGAUCCCAACAGACAAAGAAGUCCUUAUCAAGUAGCAGAAUUACUAGUAAAGAUCAUGAGCAGAACCCAGAUACAGACAGCACAUUAGAAAACUUGUCUGGACACUCCCUAAUGAGUUUCUCAGACAAGGGAAGAUCCCAGAAGACGCCGACUUCUUCCCCAUCUUCCGGUUCCCAAAAACUGUUGCAGUUUGAUUCUGUAGGCAAUACAGCAGAAAGAGUCAAGUCACCUGCUGGCUUUUCUGGAAGUACAGUGACAGGGCUGAAGCCUAGCGUAGCCUUCCCUGACUUGAGUCUGGGAACUAGUAGGUCUGUAGCAGGAGCAGCCUCAGCAAGUGGGUGUAUGCGCUUCUCCCCUGCUGCUCUUCAGCAUCGUUUGUCAGCAGAAUUGAACUACCUUAGUGCUAUUGAGGAGUCUGUGCGACAGCUUUCAGAUGUAGAACGAGUACGAGGCAUAUCACUUGCCCAGCAGGAGAGCGUUUCUUUGGCUCAGAUUCUAAAGGCACAGCAGCAGCGGCAUGAACGGGACUUGGCUCUUUUGAAAAUCAAGGCUGAACAAGAAGCUUUAGAAAGUCAGAGACAACUGGACGAGGCAAGGCAGAAGGCAGCUCAGGUCCAUGCAGAGUCACUGCAGCAUCUGGUCCAGUCACGGCAGGAGGCUCUACAAGAGACCCCAUGCAAGGCUGCAGCCAAGCAGGCAGAAACUGCACUUCUGACUACAGAUGCAGCUCACCAGAUCCGUGAGAUGGCGGAGUUAGCACAAACACAGAUGUCGGAUACUGUCAGCACUCCAGCUGCUCCAGUCACCACCUUGUUUGACCACCAGCGGCAGCAUCAUUCACAGUUCAUGAAACAACUGAGAGCCCGAACUGAUGCAAACAGGAAAUGUGAGUCUGUUGCCAUAUCACAAGGUAAAGAGGAGGCAGGUGACUCAAAACAGACAUACUCACCGAUGUUUGAUAGUUAUUCAGAGUCAUCAAGAUCAAAGGUUCAUGAUCAGAGUAGUACCAGCAGCCGCCAAGAGAGUCCUUCAGUUCCAUCUUCUAAGGAGAAUGAGAAAAAGCUUUCCCGUCGUGAAAAGUUAACUAGCAGUAUUGAAGAGCAGGCUCAUACUGGUGUGGAUGAUUCCUUGCCGAGUGACAGUAUUUUAUCACUGCCAGAUGAAAAAGAUUCAGUUUCUGUUGCAACAGAGUAUUCCCUGAAGUUUGAUGAGUCCAUGACAGAGGAUGAGAUUGAAGAAAAGUCUUUUCGGUCUCUGCUGCCCUCUGAAAGUCAUCGCAGAAAUAACUUGGAGAAGAAGCGGGGUAAUCGUGAUGAUUCUGAUGAGGAAGUCUCCCCAGAAAAAACAGCUCUGUCAUCUAUCAAGGAGCUAAGCAUGCCAUUCUCAGGGGGGCAAGAUAGUUUCUCUAAAUUUACCAUGGAGAUGGUAAGACAGUACAUGAAAGAGGAGGAAAUGCGAGCAGCUCAUCAGUCCUCACUGCUUCGGCUCCGGGAGAAGGCUCUGAAAGAGAAGACCAAGGCUGAAUUAGCUUGGCUGGAACACCAGAAGAAACAUUUGCGAGACAAGGGAGAGGAUGAUAAGAUGCCUCCUAUUCGAAAGAGGCAGCGUGGUCUGUUGCUGAGAUUACAGCAGGAAAAGGCAGAAAUUAAGCGUCUUCAAGAGGCUAACAAGGCUGCUCGGAAAGAGAGGCAACUGAUCCUUAAACAGCAGGCAGAAAUAGAACGAAUCCGUCAGACGACAAUGAAAUUACAGGAAAAACUAAAGUCUGCAGGAGAAAACAAGCUGGAACUUCACAGCGAGGAUGACAUCAAGCAGAGCAAUCGUUCUAGCCCGCUUCCAACUGAUGCAGAAACACGCAGCCCUUCCCCAAUCUCAAUCUCCAGCAGUGAGACUAGUAGCAUUAUGCAGAAACUUAAAAAAAUGCGCAGCAGAAUGGAUGAAAAGUUCCUAACUAAGCGAGAACAGAAGCUGAUGCAGCGUCGACAACAUGCUGAAGAAUUGUUGGAGUGGAAACGUCGCCUGGAUGCAGAGGAAGCAGAAAUACGGCGAAUAGAAAAACAGGCUCUAGCUGCCUGGGACAAAGAGCUGCUCAAAACCAAAAUAGCCAAGAAGGAUUUGGGGGAUCAGAGAACUGAGCCCAAAGAAACAGCUAGUGAAGAAGAGUCUCCGGUGCCUUCUUGCUCUCAUCUGAACAGUGAAAGCUCUAUCCCAGAAGAUCUUGGCAGUCUAGCUGCUGAGUCUGUCCCAUCAGAGACUAUGGGCCAUGGACAGCCAGAAAGUCCAGAUCAGAGUACAGCUAAUGAAGAAAUGGUUUAUUCUGAAGAGUUCAAGUCUUCUACCUCACCUGGAAAACUUUCUCCUCCCAAAAGCAGCAUAUCUGUAUCAAAGCAAGAGUCCAGCAAAGGCAGCCAUAGAACUGGAGGACAGCUACGUUCACCUGUGAAGUCUCAUCAGAUAUCUCACAACUGGUCUGAUGAAUCUUUAUCUAUGACACAGUCAGAAACCACAUCUGAUCAAAGUGACAUUGAAGGACGGAUCAGAGCCCUGAAGGAUGAACUACGGAAAAGAAAAUCUGUGGUUUACCAGCUGAAAAAGGAACAGAAAAAGAGACAAAAGGAGAGACUGAAGGCCCAGGAAGCCAGUUUGAUCAAACAACUGGAGUCGUAUGAUGAGUUUAUCAAGAAGACUGAAGCAGAGCUGAGCCAAGAUCUGGAGGCAUCGCCAACAGCCAAACCUCAGAUUAAAACGCUAUCCUCAGCCACUGCUGAAAAACCUAAGAUCAAGGCACCACCGCUUCAUAGGUCUGAGACAGCUAAAAACUGGAAAUCACUGGCUGAAUCAGAGCGAUCCAGAGCAUCUUUGGAAUCCAUUUCAGAGCAUGCAGAUGCUGUGUCAUUGAAAACUGAAAAAUCUGUGUCUGUGCGCAGCAAGAAGGCGGCUGUGACAGGUGUUCAUGCAGAAGAACUUUCUGGCACACCUUCCUCUGUUUUAAUGUCACCAAGGAGUUCCGGAGCAGGAUCUGGUGAUUCCUUAGAUAACGUCUCAUCAUCAUCUCUUUUCAAAGACGAGAAACACGUUAGCAGGAUAUCCCAUGGGUCAACGAACAGUGCGGUAAAAGCAUCCGGUGAUGAGGCUGUCUUCAGUCAUAAAUCUGAGAUACAGGAAGACUUGGAAUACAUGAAGUCUGAGGAAUAUAAGACUGAAGGUUCUCAUGUUAAGCCUUUAGAGAGUUCUGAUGUCCUACUGACAUUAGAUAAAGAACAGGAGAACUCACUGGACAUCCUUGCAGAGGAAGUCCUCUGUUCUGACAACAAACACCCUCAGAAGAAACUCUUUGGUUUGGCUGUGGAAAGUCUUCAUGGUACAGAAGAAAUCUUGGAACAGAGACUGGCAGAUAAAGAUGCUGUAACUGGCCCAAGUGUAGAGGAGUCUUCUCGUAAACUGAGCAAAUCAACAGAGCAAAAAGGUUAUCUGCUUUCAGAACAACUCUCUAGCCCAAAGGAGCCAUCAUACCUUGAAGAUUUUGAAGGAUUCUCUUCUAGAAAACAAGCUUCCCUUGAAGAAACACUUCCUGGGGAAUGUUACAAAGAUGACUUUGAAGCAUCUCUUCUCUCUCCUAACGGGGAUGCUCAGUCACGGACAGAACAGUCACAGCACACACAGACCAGCAGAAGCAGAUCGACGAGCCUUGGCAGUGAUGGUGAAAUCAGUGAAUACCUCAGUGACAGGUCUCUCUCUCUCUCUGGCAGCAUGCAUUCAGAGAGGUUGUUAGAACUUAAGUCCCCAACAGAACUUAUAAAAAAUACCGAACGCAGAGAUGUGGAGCGAGAAAAGGCCCCUACCGAAUCACCGCUCUGGGCCUCUGUUUUGGUCACAGAAGAAAUGGAUGGUUUGCCGAAUUUCAGCGUUGGUGAUAGAGUACUUGUGAGUAAAGUCCAGCCUGGAACAUUGCGAUUCAAAGGUCUGACUAACUUUGCCAAAGGAUUUUGGGCUGGUGUGGAGUUGGAUAAACCUGAAGGGAACAAUAAUGGAACUUAUGAUGGUGUUAAAUAUUUUGAUUGCAAAGAAAAGCAUGGUAUUUUUGCUCCUCCUCAAAAAAUCUCUCACAUUACAGAAAGUAUUGAUAGCCAUUUAGACACAAAUAAGGAUGAGGACUCGUUCUUCGAUGAUAGACUGGAGAAGCAAUGCAAAGCUGAGCAGAAAGACAGAGGAAGUUCCAAACCUGGCAAAGAGCAUGAAAGCCAGAGCAGAGAUGCAACAGAGAACUAUUCCCAAGACAAAGGUCCUGCAGACAGAGCUGUUUCAGAAGCCUCAGCUGAGGAAAGGGUUGAUGAGGAAUCAUCUUCUAAAGCAAACAGCAUAAAAGAGAUUUCUGUAGCUACUGAAUCACUCGACCAAGAACAGUCAGUGGUGGAUUAUCUGAAACAUGCUGUAAAAGAGGAGGCCAGCCUUGCUCCUCUCAUUUCUGGUGAUGUGGGUGAGAUUUCUACUGUUCAGUUGGAUGACAUCUCAGAUUUCCUUUCUGAAAAACUGGAGAGGCAGAAGACACUGGGGGAAGAAUGUGCUGAAAAGUUAGAUGAUCUCUCUCCUGGAGCUGUGGAGAAGCCUGCAACUCCACUCCUGGAUUUGCUGACAAAAGAAAAGAACCAGUUAGAAGCCCAGCUUAGGCUACCGCUUAGAGAGGAAGAAAAGUCAAAAGACCAACUGGAAAAGGUCAGCUUGCUGACAGACAGUCUUCUGAGAGAUUUUGUGAAAGACACGGUCAAUCAGUUACAGCAGAUAAAGAAGGUCAGAAAUGAGAAAAUCCAGCUCAGCAACCAGGAGCUCUGUGAUGUGAAGGAUGAAUCCAGUACCCCAUCUCAGCAAGUAGAAAAGCAGGUUCCUGAUGGACUAAAUAACUUUUUUCUGAGUCCUGAUUUGGAAGAUGAAAGAGAAGAACUUUCGUCUCCAGACAUGUGUCCCAGACCAGAGAGUCCAGUUUUUGGUGCCAGUGGUCAGGAAGAGCUUGCCAAGAGACUGGCAGAGCUGGAGCUCAAUCGAGAGUUCCUGAGUGUGCUGGGAGAUGAUCAAGACUGGUUUGAUGAGGACUAUGGCCUGAGUUCCCGUAAGGUCCAGCAGAAGCAAGCUGAGGAGCCAGCAGUGCUGCCCAAGGUAGAACCACAGAAAGUACCAACAAAGCCGUGUGAGGAGCCUUUGGCAGUCCCUCAUACUGCAGUAGAGGUGGAAGGUAUGGUGCAUGCAGCAGCUGAGGAACUCUGGAAACUGAAAGAGCUGGGUCAUGAUCUUCAAAGUUUCAGCCUUCGUACAGAUCUUACUACCCCCAAAGAGCAGGACACAGACUCAAUAAACAAGCAGGUUUAUAAAAAGGUGGUAUUUGAUUUAACAAGAGAGAUCUUUGGGGAAAUCUUUGCUGAGGAUCCUAAUCUAAAUCAGCCUAUUUGGAUGAAACCGUGUAGGAUCGCAUCUGCUUACUUUCGCCGAGUAAAAGAUCCAAAUGAUCUGGGUGAGAUCAAGAGCUUCAUUGCGGCUGAAGUACUGAAGUUGUUCAGCCUGAGGAAGGAGCCUAAUCACAAAACAGACUGGCAGAAGAUGAUGAAAUUUGGGCGGAAGAAACGAGACCGAGUGGAUCAUAUACUGGUGCAGGAACUUCACGAGGAAGAAGCACAGUGGGUGAACUAUGACGAGGAUGAACUGUGUGUAAAGAUGCAGUUGGCAGACGGGAUCUUCGAGGCCUUAAUCAGAGACACUGUUGAUGUACUGAACGAGAUAAAUGAGAAACAGCGGAGACUGCUGCUUGUCUGA